ACACCAAGCCAUCUCUUCAUCUUCCUGUUGCUGCCGACGCAAUCAGGAAUCAUUUAUCAUCUCAGAACCAUAACAGCAAGCUAAGCAAUCCACGAUGACUUCAGAGCAGACCUUCAUCGCUGUCAAGCCGGACGGUGUCCAGCGCGGCCUCGUCGGGGAGAUCGUCAACCGCUUCGAGAAGCGAGGCUACAAGCUAGUCGCCAUCAAGAUGGUUACGCCCUCAAAGGAGCAUCUUGAGAAGCACUACGAGGAUCUGAGCGACAAGCCCUUCUUCAAGGGCCUCAUCACCUACAUGGGCAGCGGACCCGUCUGCGCGAUGGUCUGGGAAGGGCGUGAGGCUUGCAAGGUCGGCCGCCAGCUUUUGGGUGCCACCAACCCGCAGGCAUCGCAGCCGGGCACCAUCCGCGGCGACUUCGCCAUUGACGUCGGUCGCAACGUCUGCCACGGCUCUGACGGUGUCGAGUCGGCGAAGAAGGAGAUUGACUUGUGGUUCAAGAAGGACGAGAUCGUGAGCUGGAAGCAGGCCAGCCACGAUUGGAUCUACGAGAAAUAGAUGAGCCAGCAGAUUGUUAGUGUGCGGUGCAACACCAGACACAACGCGAAUCCCAAUAUGGCCGAAUGGACAGAGCGGGAUGCUUGUUGGACAUAGCAAGUUCAAUGCGCGAAUAUGUUGAGACAUGCGCUACGGCUGCCAAUUCAAGGACACAAGCCGGUUAUCCAUUGCACUGAUGUAAAUUGGCGGUUGUCCGCCGUUCCCUGUCUCAACAUGUCGGUGCCCACUACUGCUAUCAUAGAGCAUAUACAGUUGCAAUGCAUGUCGAGCGCACAAACUUCAG